GUUUCAUGCGGUUGAUGUACCUCUGAUUGAUCAAAGCAAGUCUCCAUCAACCAAUACUACUUCAAAGGAUUCAACAUUUUACCAACAAAUCCCUAAAGUAAAACAACCUACAAAUUGGGUCCCAUUUUCUAGGCGCGACUCAAAUGCAUUAGAGCAAGCAUAUCGUUCAGGAACUCCUGGAACUAAAGUUCCAUGCAACGAAGAUUAUUUAUUUGAAGUUGAUGUUGAUAAGCGUGAGAUUCAUUCUGUAUAUUGGUGUGGUCCUAUUUAUGAAGUCAGGCGUGGAACAUGGUUUCAACAAAUCGAACUUAAUAAGUAUAUACCCUGCGAUGAAAAUUUAGCAAUGCAAAUCGAAGAAGGUUAUAAAAAGCAUCAAGCAUGGAUACCGUCUCCUGAACCGGAGCCAAAUAGUCCGUCUACAGCAUCAGAAGGAGCGAUUGAAAAAGAAAAGGAAAGGCGCUGGGCGCUUUUGGGAAAAUAUUUAUCUCAAUAUGUAACUUACACGAAUCCAACAACUGCUUGGUUAUUAAAGCUUACUAAAACAUUUUUUUCCACGAUUACUAAUAAUGAAAACUUGGGUGGUGUAAGACUUAUCCGAGGUUAUCAAGAGGUAAAGAAGUACGCUUUUCAAAAAUCAAAUGAGGACGCUGCCAAAAAGAAAAAGGAAGAGGCGGAAACUGUUACCAGAAGCAUUCCUCCAUUAGAUGCGCAACAAAGAGACAUAAAACUGGAAGCUAUGGAAACUCAAGAUUAUGAGAAUGAAGAGAGCGAAGAUGUUAAUACACUAAGAAAAACCCUCAAGUCUAUAUUUGCGAACCAUACGUCUGAAACUUCUCAAAAUUCUGCGAAAAGUGGGUCAAGUACAAGUUCUAGCAGGCGUAAUUCUGCUAUAUCUGACAGACUUUCUCAAGGUAAAAAUGGAAUUCAAGUAUUACCUAUUCAAUGGCGUCAGGAAAUCCAGUUCGGUAUGGCAGCAGACGAAGAAAAUUUUCAAAGGGAUUUGGGCUUGCCUAAAGCCGCCGAAGAGGGAAAAACCACUCUAGGUGAAAUCACAUUAGAGGGUGUACCAACAUUACGACUACUUCUUUCUGAUGUUCUGAUGGAUG